CAUUGUUGGUUUUGGUCGAGUCGGAUGAAAAUCGAGCUUAUGCCACAUCUUCCAGCAGACGUUAAAGCUUAUAAGCAUCGCAGGCAGCCUGUGGCAAAACAAAUAAAUUCAUCAGAAGACGUUGGAGUUGACGGUGAAUUCUGUCCGCUGAAGCGGAGAACAAGCGGACUUUUCUACCGCAACACUCACAAAUCCUCCUUUCGAAGGUGAGAGAAGCCAGUCGCUGUCCAAAACCAAAGCAGCGAGAGUGUAGCCAGUGUAGAAGGACCAGCCCAGCCGGCUCCCGGGAGCACUGCAACAUGGGAAAACAGAACAGUAAACUCCGGCCGGAGGUCCUGAACGAUUUGCGAGAGAACACGGAGUUCACGGACCACGAGCUGCAGGAGUGGUACCGCGGCUUCCUCAAGGAUUGCCCCACCGGCCACCUGACUGUGGAGGAGUUCAAGAAGAUCUACGCUAACUUCUUCCCCUACGGAGACGCCUCCAAGUUUGCCGAGCACGUCUUCCGCACGUUCGACACCAACGGCGACUCCACCAUCGACUUCAGGGAGUUCAUCAUCGCCCUGAGCGUGACGUCGCGUGGCGGGCUGGAGCAGAAGCUGCGCUGGGCCUUCAGCAUGUACGACCUGGACGGGAACGGUUACAUCAGCCGCGCGGAGAUGCUGGAGAUAGUCCAGGCCAUUUACAAGAUGGUGUCUUCGGUGAUGAAGAUGCCCGAGGAUGAAUCCACGCCGGAGAAGCGCACGGAUAAGAUCUUCAGACAGAUGGACAUUGACAAUGACGGUCGUUUGUCCUUGGAGGAGUUCAUCAAAGGUGCCAAGAGCGACCCGUCCAUCGUGCGACUCCUGCAGUCCGACCAGUCAACCUCUCGUCAGUUCUGAAGGGAAAAGCUCGCAAGCCCGCCGCGGCACUCCAUGACGUCCUAAUGUUUACAUCAGGGUUUCCAAAACAUCCGGUGUUACAAAUUUGGUUCCUCCGCUAAUAAAAUAAACCCAUUUUAAUGUGACCAUUAGCAAAGUCACAAAAUGUACCUUUAUUUUGGAAACCCUGUUUAUUAUAAUUCUAUUUUUGUGGCUUUUUUUUUUUCUGUGGAUUGUUGCGCUUGUCUUCAAAAUCUUUUGAUCUUGAAAUAGAUUUUACUCCCAAAGUCAAGUGCCAUAUCGUGUACGUAUUUAUAUUGACUGGAUUCCUUGCAUGGCAAGUAUUACGACUCAAAGCUAUGUUACAUUAAGAGGGAACUCAUGACAUCACUACGUUCUAAUUUCAUUCACUUUGACCGUGUUUGCUCAGGAAUGCUCGACGGCUGUUGGACACAAAAGAUGUAUAUGCCUUUUAGUAUUGCAUGCACUUUGUGAUAUAAUCAAGUAGUGACUUUAAAAUAGAGACCGUGGCUGUUUUUAUUGUUUUAUUAUUGUAACAAAUGUUUUCACACAAUUGAAAUAAAGUUUGUGUAAGAAAAAUCUACACAAGAUGCCCCCCCCACCUUAUAUCUUGAUACCACUGGAUUGAAAACCAGGAAACAAAAAUGUCGCAUGAGGGGCUUGACAAAGUUAUUUCAGUCCACAC